GGCGCCCGUUGGCAGGGGUUCGUUGUUUAGACCCGGUACGUAUCGAAUGUCGCUUAGUAGCGGCGUGCACCUGCAACGGAGCGGUUCUGUGUUCUUGUGCCCAGUGUGAGCGAUCGUGAGCAGUACAGGGGGUUGAUGUUGAGCGUUUUGUAAUAAAAGACAAGUCUUUAUUAAGCCGUAGCUCUGUGCUGUAACAAUAAUUGUUUAGUUUUGAAGUGAAAAAAAAAACAACGAAGUUUCCCGUCACGAUCAUGUGUCGAUCGUACUGCGAGCGGGUCAUCUUCCUACCUCAAACGUGCUGAAAUCCGUUCCCGUUUGUUGUUUGAUGUGGGUGGACUUGGGGAGUACCACUACAACAAGCAAGACACUUAUUAAAAAAAUAGCCACAACCGGUUUCCUCCUUUGGGGCAUCAUCUCGGCCUGUUCUCGUCGCGAUCGCACACUGCCAAUUCGUCGUCAGCCCAACCCCGGCGUGAGCCGUGCCUGGCCGUGCCUGCAAAGAACAGUCGUGAGCGUGCCCGCGGGUCCAACGGAUCAUCCCGUGUUCGAAGAUGAUUGCUUAUCGAGUGCUACCGCUGCUAGCGCUGUGCCUUAGUGGCUGGGCUGCUACGAUUGAGGCGGCCGCCCAACAACCAUCCCGAAAGUUUGAUAUCGACUUCCAAAACGAUACCUUCACCAAAGAUGGGCAACCGUUCCAGUUUAUCUCCGGCUCGUUUCACUACUUCCGCGCGCUGCCAGAAUCGUGGCGCCACAUUUUGCGCUCGAUGCGGGCGGCCGGACUGAACACGGUCAUGACCUACAUCGAAUGGUCACUGCACGAGCCGAUGCCGGGCCAGUACCAGUGGGAGGGUAUCGCCAAUUUGGAGGAGUUCAUAGAGAUAGCACAGAGCGAGAAUCUGUUCGUGAUCCUACGCCCCGGUCCGUACAUCUGUGCCGAGCGGGAUAUGGGCGGUUUCCCCCACUGGCUGCUGACAAAGUAUCCUUCCAUCAAGCUGCGCACGUACGAUACAGACUACUUAAGAGAGGUGCAAAAUUGGUACAAUCAGCUGAUGCCCCGUCUCGUCCGCUAUCUGUACGGCAAUGGUGGUCCAGUGAUUAUGGUUUCGAUUGAGAAUGAGUAUGGUUCAUUCAAGGCCUGCGAUGGGCAGUACAUGCAGUUCCUCAAGAAUUUAACCGUCCAUUUCGUGCAGGAUAAAGCGGUGCUGUUUACGAACGAUGGGCCGGAGCUUCUAAAGUGCGGUUCUAUCCCCGGCAUUCUACCCACGCUGGACUUUGGCAUUACUAACAAUCCGAACGCGUUCUGGCAGCAGCUGCGCAAGUAUUUGCCGAAGGGACCGCUGGUCAACGCGGAGUACUAUCCCGGCUGGCUAACGCACUGGAUGGAACCGACGGCCCGUGUCGAUGCGGGCAUGGUCGUUAACACGCUCAAGCUGAUGCUCAACCAGAAAGCGAACGUAAACUUUUACAUGUUCUUCGGUGGCACCAACUUCGGUUUCACUGCCGGUGCGAACGAUGUCGGGCCGGGUAAGUAUAGUGCGGACAUAACGUCCUACGAUUACGACGCACCGUUGGAUGAGGCGGGCGAUCCGACGCCAAAGUAUUUUGCCAUCCGGAAGGUCCUCGUUGAGUAUUUCGGUGAUCCGGGCGUACCGGCACGUAAGCUGCCCAAAAUGACGCUCGAAACGGUGUGGCUGGAACGGCGUGGGUCGAUGCUGUCGAAGCACGGUCGAACGAUGCUCGCACAGAAAAUAGUUACGUCCGUAACGCCGGUGUCCUUCGAAGCGCUCAAUCAGCAUUCCGGGUUUGUGCUGUACGAAACACAGCUGCCCGCGGGGUACAAUCGUGAUCCUUACACGCUCAAGGUGGAAAAUCUUCACGAUCGGGCUUAUGUGCAUAUCGACGGGACUUUUGCCGGAAUAUUGUCCCGCGAAACCAACACGAACACGAUUCCGCUGAGCGUUGGACUUGGGACGCAACUGCAGCUGCUGGUGGAGAGCCAGGGACGCAUUAACUAUAACAUCCCGAACGACUUCAAGGGCAUCCUCGGGACAGUGACAGUGGAUGCGAAACCACUGUACAACUGGACCAUCACCUCGUUCCCGCUGGACAGCUAUCGCUAUCUGGAGAACUUCUUAACCCAACAGCCCACCGAGCAGGAAGAUCUGGAUGGGGCGGGAGCACAGGUGUACUACGGCACGUUCACGAUCACCAGCGACACCAUCUACGACACCUACCUGUACCCGAGUGUGUGGGGCAAGGGGUUGGUGUUUAUCAAUGGCUUCAACCUGGGCCGCUACUGGCCAUUGGCUGGACCCCAGAUUACGCUCUACGUGCCGAGACACAUUCUUAAGAAGGGAAACAACCAGAUCGUCAUGAUCGAGUACCAGCAGCACAUCCAGCAUCCGUACGUGCAGUUUAUCGAUAAGCCGAUCUUUAUGUAAGUGGGGGGAAUUUCUCAAAACGCAGUACUUAUGGAACUUAUAUUACAGUGAACAUAAUAUAGAUGCGGUAAGGUUUAAUAAAAAUUCAUUCCGAUCAAUAUUGAUCAAUAAUUUCA